AUGAGUUUCACCGACAAACAGGAGGCUUUGGUGAAUAGCUCUUGGGAAUCUUUCAAACAAAAUCUUCCUCAAUAUAGUGUUUUGUACUAUACUAUUUUGUUGGAGAAAGCACCUGCCGCAAAAGGUAUGUUUUCUUUUUUAAAAGACUCAGCUGAAGUACAACAUAAUGCAACAUUACAAGCUCAUGCUGAAAAUUUUUUUAGGUUGGUGCGUGACUCAGCCGUUCAACUUCGAACAAAAGGAGAGGUAGUUUUAGAAGAUGUUACAUUGGGUGCUAUUCACGCUCAAAAGGGAAUUGUUGGUCCACAUUUUGUGGUGGUUAAAGAAGCAUUGCUGAAAACAAUAAAAGAAGUGGUAGGAGACAAAUGGAGCGAUGAACUCAGCACUGCUUGGGAAGUAGCUUACGAUGAAUUAGCAACAACAAUUAAAAAAGCAAUGAGUUCAAAUUAG